GUUUAGAUAUCAGCGCUGUGAGCGCAACAGGAUGCACUGAAUUAUUCUGAGAAGGAAUACAGACAUACACACACUCUUCCACUGCGCGAUCCGAUUGAUUUAGUUCAUUGUUAAAGACAUUUUUUCUAAAAGGACAAAAUCACACUGAGCUCCAAACGAAAUGAAAGCGUGGCGACUUCGGUUUCUGUACUUUCUGGUGUUGAAUGCAGCUGUACAGUAUGUGACGUCCCUGGAAGAAGAGCUCUCCGAUUCUAUUUUUGGUAGCUUCCUCGACCCUUUGAAAGACUUGUUUGACCACAAGGAUGACAGCAAUCAAAGUUUCGCCAAAUUCUCGCUCAGAAAACCAUCCAAUCCCGAUGAUGACCUGUGUUACAUCGUUCCAGGCAAACCCGACUCCCUGGCUGCCUGCACCUUUAACAGCACCUCCAAAACCUUCCUGGUAAUCCACGGAUGGACGUUAAGUGGGAUGUUUCAAAGCUGGGUGGCGAAGCUGGUAUCUGCGCUGUACGAAAGAGAGCAGACGGCCAACGUCAUCGUGGUGGACUGGCUCAGCUCGGCACAGAACCACUAUGUAGUUGCAGCUCAGAACACCAAAACAGUGGGACGCGAGAUCGCUCACUUUAUCGAUUGGAUCGAGGAAACCACCAACAAGCCUCUAGAGAACAUCCACCUGAUUGGCUACAGCCUUGGGGCUCAUGUGGCAGGAUUUGCUGGAAGCCAAGCAACUAACAAAGUUGGAAGAAUAACUGGGCUGGACCCAGCUGGUCCUGACUUUGAGGGAGAGCAUGCACACAGGCGUCUAUCCCCGGAUGAUGCUCACUUUGUAGACGUCCUCCACACCUUCACACGGGGCUCCCUGGGUCUUAGCAUCGGGAUCCAGCAGCCUGUCGGCCACGUAGACAUUUACCCAAACGGCGGCAAGUUCCAACCGGGCUGCAACCUCAGGGGGGCACUGGAGAAGAUUGCUAACUUUGGGUUAUUUGCUAUUACUGAUGCAGUGAAGUGUGAACAUGAGCGCUCUGUCCACCUGUUCAUCGACUCUCUGCUGAACGAGCGGGAAGCAGCCAAGGCCUACAGAUGCGGCAGCAACGACAUGUUUAACCGCGGCAUGUGUCUCAGUUGCCGCAAAAGCCGCUGCAACGCAGUGGGAUACGAUAUCAGCAAGGUCCGCAAGGCACGCAACGUUCAGCUGUACACCAAAACACGAGCCUCUAUGCCUUUCAGAGUUUACCACUAUCAACUGAAGAUCCACUUCUCCAGUAAAGUGAAUCGUUCAGAGAUGGAGCCGUCCCUCACUGUCUCACUGCACGGAACAAAAGGAGAGGCUGAAAACCUAGAGCUUAAACUAAACGAGAAAAUAGCGACGAAUAAGACACAUUCAUUUCUGCUUGUGACAGAGAAAGAUAUCGGAGAUUUAUUGAUGUUGAAGUUUAAAUGGGAGGAGGAAAACAGUUGGUCAACCUCCAACAUGUUGAAGAUGGUUUCCUCUUGGUGGUCCGGUGACUCAGACAGCAACAUGGAGGUUCACAAGAUCCGUAUCCGAGCUGGCGAGACCCAACAAAAGAUGGUGUUCUGUGUAAAAGACCCUGAAGCUCAGAAAUUGACACAAGAGGUCACAUUUGUUAAAUGUAAGGAUGCAUGGAGGACAAAACCGACACAUACUCCAAAAAGAGUAACUCUGAAGAACUACUGACCUCCAAGAAAAGACACCACUGUUGAACACCCUUUAGUCCAUUUCAGCACUUAAAGUAAAUAAUUUGUACACCUGUAACUUAUUUUAUUUCUUGAAAUGAUUCAAAACUCUCACCUCCUUGUAUAUAUCCCAAAAAGUAUGUUUGUUAUUUAAAACAAUAUGUGUUUGAAUACUGUAAAAUAUUUUUGUUAAGAGCUGUUCUAAUGACACUUUACAGGUGCAAUAUGUAAUAUUGACAGGUAGUGUUUAAAAUAGUUAAUGUACUACCAAUUCAAAGUACUCUAAAGAGUCGUCUCCCUCGGCCCCUCCUCCCCAGUCCCGAAGUUCACGUUGGUUACCAGGCUGAGACCACAGUAUCCACAACAAUGUUGCUAGAUGUUUGUCUCACAUAGCCAGACAUUAAUUCACAGCACAUCAGAGUAGCUAACGUUAGAUACUGGCUAUGUUGGCUAGACAUAAAAGCCCUUGUUCAUGCUGAGCUCUGUACUCAACUGACAGACACACUUUUCGGUUUAGAAUUACGGUAGGAACAGCUAAAAAUAACACUACCUUGCCGUCGUCCAGCCAACUGAACAGACUUUAUUGGCUUAGAAUCACGGAUAGAAUCACUAAAAUGAACACUAACGUUACUUUGCUGUCUUCUCCACCCGACUGAACCCACUUUAUUAGCUUAGAAUUACGGCAACAAUCGCUAAACACUGCAAACUCACGGUCAUCUCUUCCUGAUUUACAGUCCCCCUUUAUUGGCUUUCAAAUAACUCACCGUUGUCCGCUACGGCCGCUGAACAGGUUACACAUUGUAAACAGCCGUGGCCCAGUUGCCUGGUCCUCCGGUAAUGCUAGCAGGGUUAGCAUGGCGGUGUUAGCCAGGACCUGUCAGGAUCACUUUACUGACUGUUUCUCAAUUGUUUUUGUGAGUAACCAACUCUGGUACUCUAGCUAUAUAAUUCAAUUGGAGUACACAAUGUUGAAAUGACAUAAAAUGCCCGUCCCUUGAUAAAUUAUUCAGAAGCUAAGGCUCACCUGUUCAGGAAGACAUUUUUCAAUUUCUGGUUUAUUACAGUAAAUGUAUAUAUUGGACCUUUUAACGGUAACUUCAUUAGUGUGCGACAAAGAAAUGCCGUCGUCUCUGUUGCAUGUUUUGUAUCUAAAGAGAAUCACUGAGGUGUGACUGACAGGAUUUACCGUGAUAGAGGUUCUGAUGUCCCAUUGUGUAAAAUACCCAGAGUAUCAAUAUCAUGAUUAGCAUAAAUAAUGUCCUCUCUAUGUCCAUGGAGGUCAGCAGACACUAUGAAAAAUAACAAAUAAGAGGAAUUUGUCAAGGUGUUUUAUGCAAUAGGGUACAGUUGAUUGACUUUUAUCUAACUAACACAGCAUUCACCACUGUGGCUCACAGCACUAUUUGUGACUGCUGGACCUGUAACGAUGUGCCUAACGGUUGCCAGAAGUAAGCUGUUACAAAUUAAACUUGUUUUAACUUAUGUGCUGUUUAACCUCAAUGUGCUUUUUUUAUUAUUUUAUGAACUUUUACUGUAACAUCUGAACAUUCAAAAGUGGUUUACAAUACUUUGUUUUACGGCUACCUCUUUGCAAGGUGUUAUUUUGAAUACAGUAUGUUACCUCAAAGAAGCACUUGCCAGUUUGUCUACCAUAGUUCUAUUUAAGUUUGAUGAGGUACUUUAUGCUCAGUGUGAGGUAGAUAGCACAGUUUAUAUCAAUGGUGUCCUUUUUUGUACCGUCAAUCAUGGAUCACUCUUCACUGCAGUUUCUUCUGUGCACCUGACCUUUCAAAUCUUGACUAAUGCUUUUCUAUUCAUAAUUGUGUGUUGUAGCAGUUCUGUGAGCGAUAUCUAAACCAUGGGUUUUUAAGUAAGUAAGUAAAAUCUACUUAUAAAGCGCUUUUCAUAGGCAUAAGUCAGAAAGUGCUUUACAGUAGUAUAACACAAGAAACACAAUACAGAGUGAGAACACAAUCAGUAUUACAGAACAAUACUGAAAGUGUAGACCAGGUAUGUACUGGUCAACUAAACAAUUGUCUACAGUUAUAGUAUGUCUUUAUCUGCCACACAUGCCAUAGCCUGACCGUGCAAUACUGUUUGUGAUAAUUUUAAAUUGAAUCCUUUAUGCAACUGGAAGCCUGUGAUAGGACUUAAUUACCAGGGUAAUGUGAGAUCGUCUAUUUGAACGUGUAAGUAGCCUUGCAGCAGCUUCGGGAAUGGCUGAAACAAUCCAGAGCAGACAUACGAAGUGAGGAAAAAAGUGUGUUACAGUCAACGCGAUAAUAUAAAGGCUACUUUAGAGAUUGGUACUGUAAUCAUUGUUCAUUUCCAUCUACUUUAAAAAGUGGAAAUGUUUUCCUUUUGCACUGAAAACAGAGGAAGAGAUUGCUUAACCAAGUUAAUUGUACAGUUUUGUAAAUACCAUAUAUGAUAGUAUGGAAAACGUAUAUAUUUUUUAUCCAUGAAUGAAUUUAUUCUGAAAAAUUUGCAUUUCUAUAAUCUUUUGUACAUAUUUGUGAAUAUUCACUGUACUGUAUGCAUUUCUUCUAAUAAACCAAAAGUGCCAUCUGGAAGGUCA